AUGUCGGACCGACAACCGGGCUCUUACUACGCCUCCACCUCUACCUCGUACACUGCCUCCUCAUCGUACUCUAGCUCGUCCGGCACCGACCCGCAGCGGCAAGGGCACUCCAAAUCCAUCACGGAGACGAUGACGUCCAAUGAUCGCGAGGGCACGACUAUCCGCCGCACGACGGAGGAGACGGGGAAACCCACGCUGCAGGACGAGACGUACAUCCCGCCUGGCGACCGGCAGCUUGGCGGUCGCGACGAUGGUGGCGGCGCCAGGAGGAUCCAGGAUGUCACUGAUGAGCAGCAGGCCGAAAGAGAUCGGGAGUAUGAGGAGCGGAUCGAGGACGAGUACGCGAAACGAGAGGGUGGUGCUUGA